AUGCUGGAGGCGAGAGAGGCCUGCUGGGGUGCAGCUGGCAGAAAUGGCGGGCACUGCCUACCCCACGUCUUCAACAGAGAGCCGCAUAUUCCUCGCUUCGAGCUGGCCACGUUUGAGUUUCUGCAGGACUUGGUUGCCGCCAACGACAUUCCAUGCGCUUGGCGCACCGUUGGAUGUGUCCGUGGCCUGACAUCGCCUGAGGCCGUCGAAGCGGCGCUCGUGACGGACAAGGCCGGUUUGGAGACUAACCGUGUUCUGGCUCUUGCCGGCGCCGUAUUCCAAUCAGAUGCCGCGAAGUGUUGGGCAUACAAGCUCGUUUGCUGGCUUCUCGAGGACCAUUUGCAGGGGCACCCAGCAGACGAAUUCAACCUCCAAACAAAUACACCAGUAACACAGCUGCGGCGCGCAGAAUCGUCAUGGACACUCGACACGCCGCGCGGCCAGAUCACUGCCAACCAGGUCCUCAUCGCAAAAAACGCCUAUACGUCUCGCCUGCUCGCCCGCUUCACCGAUUGCAUUGUGCCGGUCCGGGGCCAGAUCUGUGCCUUGGAAGCGCCGGAAGACGCCAGGCCACUGGAGCAUACUUAUGUAUGGGUCAGGGGAGACGUCGACGGCUACUUGAUUCAACGCGAUGGCGGCCUACUCAUCUUGGGUGGCGAGCGACUCGGAGGAGAUAAGGGAGUGUCGCGAGAUGACGAGGUCGAUGCCCGAGUCGGACGGAGGCUGCGCCGUGUCUUGGCCUCUGCCGUGAAGCUCAAGCCACAUGGCCGACGGGAAAACGAAGAGCUCGUGGCAGCAUGGGAAUGGACGGGCAUCAUGGGCUAUUCCAGAGAUGGACAUCCGUGGGUGGGGCCGGUGCCGGAACGGCUCGGAGGCGGGCCGGGACUGUGGGUCUGCGCCGGCUACUCGAGAUGUGGCAUGCCGGUGGCCCCGCGCUGUGCCCUGGCUGUUGCGGAGAUGAUGCUCGGACGCGACGGCCACGUCCAUGUCCCGACCGACUUUAUAGUGAGCGAGGAACGUCUAGAUAUAUGUCUGGUGGCACACAUGGCUGGCAAAACUUGA